AUGAAGGUUUCCACUCUGUUUGCCAUCGCCGCGGCUGCGGCCGUUUCUGCGGCUCCGCUCGCCCCGCGUGCCGACGAGGUCGCCGAGCCUGAGAAGUUCCUGCUCAAGCUGAGCGACUCGGAAGAGAAAUGGGUUACCGAGGACGAGAAGUGGGAGCUGAGGAAGGCUGGCGUCAACUUUUUUGACAAGACCUGGACCCAGGCUGCAAAGACCGAGUCCAAGGCCAAGCGUCAGGCCGUCAGCUACCCUACCACAGCCAAGUUCACUUCUGCUGUCAACACUCUGAUCAGCAGCCUCUCGACGUCAAACAUGCAGACGAACAUGCAGGGGCUUACUGGGUUCACCAACCGUUACUACAGGUCCUCGACUGGCUCUCAGGCUGCUACUUGGCUCAAGAACCGCGUCCAAAGCACCAUCGAUGCUGCUGGUGGCGGCGGCACCGUCGAGUUCUUCACCCACUCCUGGUCGCAGAGCAGCAUCAUCGCCAAGGUUCCUGGCAAGAGUGAGGCGACCAUUGUCGUUGGCAGCCACUUCGACAGCAUCAACUUGAACAACCCGAGCAGCGGCAGUGCGCCCGGCGCCGACGACGACGGCAGCGGCUGCGUGGCCAACCUCGAGAUCCUCAAGGCCUACCUCGCGAGCAGCGCGGUCAGGAACGGCGAGGCCGAGAACACGGUCGAGUUCCACUGGUACUCGGGCGAGGAGGGCGGUCUGCUCGGCUCGCAGGCCGUCUUCGAAUCGUAUGCCAGCGACGGCCGCAACGUCAUUGCCAUGCUCAACUUCGACAUGACGGGCUACACUGCGGGCAUGACCAAUGCUGGCGUGGCCAAGUCGCUGGCGGUUGUUACCGACUACGUCAACACGGCGCUCAGCAACUUCGCCCGCUUGAUGAUCAGGACGUACACCACUCUGCCCAUCUCCACCAGCACCUGCGGCUACGCUUGCUCCGAUCAUGCCUCGGCGACCGAUGCCGGCUUCCCUUCGGCGUACAUCUUCGAGAGCCCUGACGAGUACUCGUCUCCGCACAUCCAUACCACCCAGGACACCAUCAGCACUGUCGACUUUGGCCACGUUCUCAAUCACGCAAAGGCUGGUCUCGGCUUCGUCUACGAGCUUGCCUUUAGCAGCUUCUAG